AUGGAUUCAGCCUCCAGAGUUGCCCCGCCGCCGGUCAGCGCUGGUGUCCGCGUCCGCGCGCCGCUGCAGGUAGAGUCCGUCUCCUGUUACUGCAGAUUAGAUACGGGCCUUAAAACUGUCGUGGAUGCUAGAAAAUUUGCUUCUGGAGCAAAGAUGUGCAUGCAACCUGAUGCCAAACUAACCAAGCGCAAGUCAAGGGGCUCGCGGAAGGAGAGGUGCCGAGCUCAAGCACCACUUUUGCCUGGCCUUCCUGAUGAUCUUGCAAUUGCCUGUCUUAUACGGGUUCCACGAGUGGAACACCCCAAUCUCCGGACAGUUUGUAAAAGAUGGAACCGCCUUUUGUCAGGAAAUUACUAUUAUUCCUUGCGCAAGAAACUCAGCAUGGCAGAAGAAUGGGUUUAUGUCUUUAAAAGGGAUCGUGAGGGGAAAAUAUCCUGGCAUGCCUUCGAUCCACUGAACCAGCUCUGGAAGUCCCUUCCACCUGUUCCACCGGAGUAUUCAGAAGCGUUGGGUUUUGGCUGUGCUGUUCUGAGUGGUUGCUAUCUGUACUUAUUUGGCGGUAAGGAUCCUUUGAGGGGCUCUAUGAGACGUGUUGUAUUUUACAAUGCCCGGACCAACAAAUGGCAUCGAGCUCCAGAUAUGUUACGAAAGCGACACUUUUUUGGUUCCUGUGUAAUAAACAAUUGUCUAUAUGUUGCUGGUGGAGAAUGUGAAGGCAUACAAAGGACUCUUCAGUCUGCUGAAGUUUAUGACCCUAAUAGGAACAGAUGGGUCUGCAUCCCUGAGAUGAACAACGGGAUGGUGCCUUUCAUCGGAGUUGUAUAUGAUGACAAGUGGUUCCUAAAAGGGCUUGACUCCCAUCGCCAAGUGACAUGUGAAGUGUACCUACCGUCAUCCAAUUUGUGGUCAACCAUUGAUGAUGAAAUGGUUACAGGUUGGCGAAACCCAAGCAUUUCCUUCAAUGGACGUCUCUAUUCAUCUGAUUGCCGGGAUGGCUGCAAGCUUAGAGUCUAUGAUGCAAACACAGGAACAUGGGCACGAUUCAUAGACAGCAAGCACCAUCUAGGCAGCUCACGAGCCUUUGAAGCCGCAGGCUUGGUGUCUUUAAAUGGUAAGCUUUGCAUUAUUCGCAACAACAUGAGCAUCACUCUUGUUGAUAUCUUGCAUCCAACAAUGAGUAUCGAGACCGACAGUGCAUGCAUGUGGGAAACUGUUGCUCGUAAGGGUCAGCACAAGUCAUUUGUGGCAAACCUGUGGUCGACCAUUGCAGGACGUAACCUGAAGAGUCACAUAAUCCAUUGUCAGGUGCUGCAAAUUUGA